UUUUCUUCGGGUUGCGCCGAAACGCCGAAAAGGGCGUAGCCCAUCUGGAACCAGCUGACGUAUUUCUAGCCGUUUCGCCCAAGAAAGCAGCCAACCACUGCCUACAGCAAGCGUCUUGGGAGAUUGAGCACCAAAUGGGCUCUUCAAGUCUUGAUACAGUUUUACUUCCUUAAAUCAAAACCUCUGACAGCCACAUGCCUGUCCACAAUGUUCCCUUUGUCAUGCCGCAUCCCAGCUUCUCCUUGAAUCAUUGUUGUGUGUCUACUCCCUUCCAAGCUUCUCUGUUGGGGUUUUGGCACCAACUUGAAGCAAGAGAACUUGAGUAUAGCGAUUGGCAGCAUCAGGUCAUUGUGCGGCGCUGCGCUGCUUAAAGACAUGUGUCGUUUGCUGCCCAUCCGGGCGGAUCGUCACCAUGGAAACCUCCGAGGGUCUGUUGGUUGAGCAUCCUCCCUGCCCGUUUUUCCAUCGAUUGAAUCAGCAAACCACGUGGCUGCGAGCGGCAAAUCCGCUUCAUCCAGUUCUGCAACAAGCUUCUGGAGGUAGGGUUCUCACCAAGGUUUUUGCUUCGUUUGCAGGUGGUGUCCCUAAAGUGAACAGGAACAAACGAGAUCCUGCAUUGCAACAGGGCUACUGGUCGGACUCAGAUUUGGCAUGCUUCCGUUGCUUGCAGAAAGACAACGGCCCCAGUCAGCCCAAGUCAUCCUCAAGGUCCAUCGGAUGGGAUGAGAAUCUGAGUCUUACCGCAUGUGAGCAAGUCCAUGGACUAAGUCGCCAUGGCCGCCAUGGUCCAAGAUUCCUAUUUCUGUGCUCCAAUUUCCAGGUCUAAUCGGUGGAAGGUGGCAAACAGAGUGUGUAGAUAGGCACGUGUGUCUCUCAUGCGUCGUUGUGGCAAGAAUAUUUCCCUAUCCUUACACGGCCUGAGAAACCUCAGCAGCCUUUGCCCCAUGUGAGCAAAUGAGGGCUGGGCAUCCGGAAGCUCUAGCAAAAUUGGAUGCAGCGCUGAGCAACAUUACAUUGCAAACCCGGGAGUGAAGUUUCCAGGACUCAAUGCAGGUGUCAUGCGCACUUUCCGGGCCUAUGUCAGAAACAACAUGCUUAGGAUAUGGAACAUGAAUGAGAGACGAGGACACCACAAUCUUUGACUUAUUGUUUAACCGGAUGGUACUGAACUCCGCCGCCACAUACACAAUCCGACCUGCAAAUGUGGCGUGAGGAGUGCCUCCCUGAAAGAUCUUGUCUUUAAGGAUUGCGCAUAAAGAACCCUUGUGCGGCAUAGACAGGAUCACAGUGUGCCAUCUGCCACUAGCGACAUCUAAUGACAUCUAACGACGAAGUAAACGGAAACAGCCAAACUCUGCAAGUGUUUGAUCAUGAACCAUGUCACUCUCUGCAAAAAACAUUGAGUUAAGCCGUAAAAGUCUGGUUCAUCCGGCAAGCUUUUUGGGAGCUAUCUCGCCGAGGUAAUGACAUCUUUCCCCUUCCCAGAAGGUAUCAUUCAGAAUCCAUUUUCCAAUGCUUCAGUUUCAAAAAAUCCUCUUGUCCACAGAGCCCCUCACAGUGCCAAGUCAUCAUCAAUGUUAGCAAGAAACCCGGAUGAAAAACUGGGUGCAACCUCAAUGUUUUGCAAGUUGUAGCAAUUGGUCUUUGAGACAAGACACCUUGGCAGGAUAGUCCGUUCUUUCCAUGAUACAAACGGAUGAACCAUCCUGCAGUGAACGAUCGUCGUCCGACAAAUCUCAAGGUGACAGCAACUUGCGUCUGAUGUCAUUCAGAACGGACGAUUCUCACUGCACAGGCAGGACUGAGAGCUUUAGAAAUGCAGGUGCUCAACGAUGACAUUUGGACUAAACGCAGUGCUCCGCACCUGCGUCCCGAAACUGUGAACGGAUGAAAAACUGGGCGCAACUUCAAUGUUUGCAAGUUGUAGCAAUUGGUCUUUGAGACAAGACACCUUGGCAGGAUAUCCCCAUGUGUGGUGCCUUGGGGAAUCAAUUUUGGGACCACGGGGGCAAACAUCUCUGGACAAAGUUCCAGUGGCCAAGGUCCUGUUUAUCCCUUUGCAAGUCUCCAACAAACUCCGCUCCGAGAAACUCCACACUUUUCUUUGGUUUCAACCCCGGUCUCGCUGAAUAUUGUUCCAUGGGACAACCCCCUUGAACUUUGAAAAUACCAAAGUUGGGGCUCAAUAAAUUUCCUAGAGGGGUCAUUUUUUCGGGCACAGGGUCAGGAAAAAAUCCUGCCAGCACGAACCCGCUUGCAGAAUUGUCUGUUCUUUCCAUGAUACAAACGGAUGAACCAUCCUGCAGUGAACGAUCGUCGUCCGACAAAUCUCAAGGUGACAGCAACUAGCGUCUGAUGU